AUGUCAACGCUCAGUCAAGAAAAUAUUCUCCAAUACCUCAGGCCUCAUCGAAGAGAGCAGUUCCAAACAUGGGACUCAGAACGAAGAAAUCUGUUAAUCGACAGAUUGCAGGCCUGUAUACCUUUCCUCAAGCACUUUCCAGUUGCUGCUGAUGCACUUCCGUCACACCUCUUACGCAUUGACAGCGGAAUCCUUCUCCACUUCGGUUGGAUAAUAGACAAAAACGAACUUUGCGAACUGGCAAUAAAGUCCUUCCCUGAGGCUGUUCAUCGUGACAACAAUCUUGCGCCGAUUCCUGGAGUAACAACUUUUUUUGUGAUCGGCCCCAUUGCAGAGGCCUGCAAAUUACCCGGCCUUUCCAUUCAAAGAUGCCGUAUUGGCCCUCAUGAAUCCGAUGUUAAUCAUCUUGUACUUUCUUUGGCGAGCAACUCGAAUUUUGAGCGACGAAUGGAAGAGUUAUCAAAGGAAGGGAUCGAUAAAUUGAAGGAGAUGGUCAGAUUACAAGGACCUCCGAGGUGGUUUGUUCAUCACGACGUGUAUAUCUGGCUAUCUUUCGAUCCUGUAUAG